AUAGGCAGACCGUCGGAAGUUUGUGGGAGAUGGGCUGAAAGUCCAACAACACAGGCAGACCGAACACUGCUAUACGGGAUUUUCGCAGCUGCUUAUAAGUGUGGUAAUGCUUAGUCUCAGAAAUGCCGUACGUAGAUCGUCAGAAUCGGAUCUGUGGCUUUCUAGACAUAGAGGAAAUGGAGAACAGCGGCAAGUUUUUACGUCGCUACUUCAUUCUGGACACAAUGGAGGGCAGCCUGGUGUGGUACAUGGAUAACCCUCAGAAUCUUCCAGAAGGAACAUCCAAUGUCGGCUCCCUCAAACUAACAUAUAUAUCCAAGGUUAGCGACGCCACCAAAUUGCGUCCAAAGGCUGAGUUCUGCUUCGUCAUCAACGCUGGAAUGAGGAAGUUUUACUUGCAGGCGAAUGAUAAGCAGGAUUUAGUGGAGUGGGUCAGUGCACUCAACAACGCCACCAAAAUCACAGUGCCGAAGUCAGGAGAGCAGGUGGCUCAUAAUACAACAGAAGCUUGUGUGGACACAUCGGGUGCCAUGAAACAAGUGUCCUACAGGACCGAAAUCAUUGCAGGAGUGCCCAUCAUCACCACCACACAGGAGAAGGGCGAGGAUCAGAAUGGUGCAGACAGGAGCGGGCAGAGGAAACCUCCCAGUCAGCUGCCGUAUUACUUGAGCCGGAGUAACCAAGACCAGUCAGUCAUUAAAGCUGGAUAUUGUGUCAAACAGGGAGGUGUGAUGAAAAACUGGAAAAGGAGAUACUUCAUGCUGGAUGACAAUACACUGAGCUACUUCAAAUCAGACAUGGAGCGGGAGCCGUUGCGCGUUAUUCCUUUGAAAGAAGUCAACAAGGUGCAGGAGUGUAAACAAAGUGACUUGAUGAUGAGGGACAAUCUUUUUGAACUGGUUACUACCUCAAGAACUUUCUACAUUCAGUCGGACAGCCCAGAGGAGAUGCACGGCUGGAUCAAGGCUAUCUCUGGGGCCAUAGUGGCCCAACGGGGUCCUGGACGCUCAGCAGCCUCUGAGCACGCUGAACGAACCUCCGUCUUCUACUCCAACGAACAGAGUCUCUCAACUCCUCGCUCACCCCUCCCCACCGAACUCCAUUACCCAGAAUGCUGUUCCCCCUCGGGCCCUCAGCAUGGCGUGGGAGGGGCCAGACCUGAACAACCUGAGGCCGGGGCCACAAGCGCGCCUGUCGCUCCAGGAGUCGCUCCAAAUCUUCUUCAAGUAAACGCUGACAACUCAUCGCCAUGGCAACUGAGAAGCGGCAUAGCCCAGCCUCCGGAUUGCCCAAAAGAUGAAGACAUGCAUGUUACCCAGGUGUAACGAUGUACUUGGUAUUUUACACACACAUAUUAUGAACUAUUAAUGUCAAAUGCAGGACAGGGACUCGGGAAGAUUGUGAAUCGAGCCCAGUGCACCAUGGGAUAUGGAGUUUUCCCUGAUCAUUCUCAAGUCUCUUAAAGAACUGCACACUAUGAAAUAGGUUCAUAAUCUAGAGAAUUCAUUGAGACUCAAAAAAGUUACUGAUACCAAUAGCCGAUUAUUUUCCUGUUACAACCAAUAACCAAUAUUGUGGUUGAUAUUAUGAAUCUAUUGUUUUUAAAUCUAAAGUACCAUGUAAGCAAAGUGAAUUCAGUGAAAUCAGGCAUGAAAACACUCAAUGUACAGUAGAAAGUAUGGACUUUUACUUUUGCAAGACUAUAUGGUUU